UACACAUUUUUAACUACUUGUUUAUUGCUGUGCAGGAGGUCCACAGAGGAUGUCAGUGGGGAUUUAUGCCUGAAUCAAGUUGUGUUUUUGACAAGAGCUCAGGGACAGGCAAAUGAAAACCUUUGUUUUUUUUCACGAUUCUAUAAACAGCUCUUGACUGGAGAUGUCACGACCUCCCGGGGGAGCCGACCAGGACAACAUAUGUUCUCUUGUACACGUGACGCCAUCGUUGACUGAUCCAUCAUCUCAUCUUACAAGCCUUCUGAAACAUCAAUUUGCUGCUGUAGUAGAAAGUGAGGGGUGUGGUUUCGUGUUACUCAACACACUUCACGUCCGCAUCCCUCGCUAUAAAAGCCAAGAGACAGAGAGGAGGAGAGCAAGUCAGGACACCAGAACCUCAAUCAUCACCAGCUAAUCUGCACCGGGAGACUUAAUAGACAAAAUUGUUGUGUUUUUUCCCUCAUCAGACAACCAUGCUGAAAUUGUGCAUGAUGCUCGCCACACUCCUCUUCUGCUUGUUGGUGUUUUGGAGCACCUUUGCCGACGCAUACCCGCCCAAACCAGAGAGUCCCGGCAGCAAUGCCUCCCCGGACGACUGGGCCAAGUACCACGCUGCUGUCAGGCACUAUGUCAACCUAAUCACCAGACAGAGAUAUGGGAAGAGGUCUACCCCAGAACAGGCGAUGGCUUGGCUGCUGUUUGGUGCUGAUCCAAGCCAAGACUCGGAACCACAUUUGGAUUAUAACGAAUGGUAGUUGACUUCAAGGAUACCUAAUCCCACCUAAAAACCAAACGGCAAUCAAAAUGACUGUGAUUCCCUGGAGAGAAUCUUAAUCUUAAUGUACUUUAAUUGUUCAAUGUACAUGCAUGUUUCUCUCCCUUUCUCUCUGUUUGUCUGAAUGCUUUGCUCUUUGUACACCUCUUUGUUUUAUCACCAAAUAUGUAAAUAAUUUGUAUGGAAAGAAAUCAAACUUUACAAUAAAUGACAAUAAAUAGAAGUAUGGAAUAAA